UUAGAGGAUGAUUUUCAAAAAGGAAAAAUUUCUUGGUGAGAUGACUAUAAAAAAUAAAACAUUCAAAACUCCAGGCUGCUUAGUUUAUGUUAGAGGUGGCAUGGUUCCUCACUUAAUGAAUGACAAUUUAAAAACUCUAAAUUUAGGUGAUUUGUGGCAGUUAUCUCUUGAAACAAUAUACGAAUUGCCUAGUUUGGAUGUGAUGGAAUGUUUUGGAAAAUCAUUUCAUGAAUAUUGUUGUCUAAAAGAUAAAAUUUUGAUAUUAAAUUCCCAAGAUAGUUUGUUGCAGAACCCUUCAGAUAUCUUUCGCUAUAAUGAAGAAAAAUCUGUUUCUAUAUGGACACCUGGAGGUCGCAGAAAAGUAACACCUAAGGAUUAUAUGAAAUUUUUGAAAGUUUUUCAAUUUGAUGUGUGCAUUCCGUUAUCUGACUGCAUUCCCCCAAAUCUUCCAAAAAAGCGAUGUCGAAAAUCAGCAGAUAGAACAAUUAGAUUUUUAGAUGAAUGCUUGAAAAUUAAGAUUGAUCAAAAAAUUGACAGUCCUGUUUUGGGUGUUAUUGAAGGUGGAAAUAGCAAAGAAGAAAGAGAGCGUUGUAUAAAAGAAAUUCUUAAAAAAGAUGUUGAAGGGUUUGUUUUGUCUGGAUUUAAUUAUUAUCUUCCUAACUAUAAAGAGUUGCUACAUUUUUGUACAAAUUUUUUACCAAAAGACAAGGUGAAGUUUAUGUUUGGUAUUCUUACUCCAGAUGAAGUCAUAAAUGCAAUAGAACUUGGAGUAGAUGUAUUUGACUCUGUUAUUGCUUAUGAUUGCACUGAUCGUGGAUGUGCAUUAUCUUUUAAAUAUAACACAAAGAAAAAGUAUGCUGAGAGAAGCCAUUCAUUUUCUAAUUCUAAUGGUUGUUACCAUAAUAACAAUGGAGUUGAAUUUAAAACAAACAAUCAUAUUGCAAAGUGUGGUAAAAACAUGGAAGAUUUUGAAAUGGAUUUGCAUGAGAGCAGAUAUUUUGAUGAUCUUCAAGCACUAGUAGAAGGUUGUUCAUGCUAUUGUUGUAUUCAGUAUACAAGAGCCUACAUACAUCACUUACUUGUUACUAAAGAAAUGCUUUCUUCUGUGCUUUUAAUGAUCCAUAAUCUUCACCAUUGGAUGAACUUCUUUGAAGAAAUACAAGAAUCACUGAAAGAGAACAAAUUUACUGAGCUGAAAGAAAUUGUUUUGAAUCAAAGAUGAUUUGAAUGAUAUA